CUCCUCGGUACGCCAUGAGACGCGCUCGACCUAUGUGUAUGUGAAUUUGCCAAGCUGCAUGAACAUUAUUAAAAGGUGUCUCCUAGCCUCCAAUAUCCUUGCUUGGGCAAUAGCCAGACAGCCAGUUUAGUUCAUUAUUUUUCAAAGCUGCAAGUUCGGAUAUUUCGCAAACGACAAACCAGGCAUGCUAAAACUGAACCGACAAGCCCCCAUCUUGGCCAUAGCCGUCCUUCUAUUGGUUCAUCCAAACGUAGACGCUCUGACCAGGCCCUCAUCGAUCAGGCUGGUAAACAACGGCUACACGGGUAUCGUGGUUGCCAUUCACAGCAAUGUCCCGGAGAGUGAUGAACUGAUCGAACGGAUUAAGUACAUGUUCACCGAGGGGUCCAAGUACCUAUACGAAGCCACGCGCAAACGUGCCUAUUUCAAAGAAGUCACCAUUUUGGUGCCCAAAUCAUGGACGCCCAAGCCAGAGUACCAGUUGCCAGGCAACGUGACGUUCGACUACGCUGACGUCAUCGUGGCGCCGCCCAAUCCCCGCUGGGCUCCUCUGCAGUACACCAAGCAGUACCAGGGGUGUGGCAAACAGGGUGUUCACAUCCAUUUCAUGGAUAAGUUCCUGACAGAUCCUAAUACUGAGCGCUAUUACGGUCCUCUAGGGCGCACGCUUGUUCACGAGUGGGGUCAUUUUCGCUGGGGAUUGUUCGACGAGUACCCGGAUCCUGUUGGUGACCCGGACAACUACAAGGAGUUCUAUUUCUCUUCUCUUACGCAGCAGUUCGAAGGAGUCAGAUGUUCGUACGAACACAACGCCGUCCCCUUGAUCUUCUACCCCAACCAGGUAUACUACCGCCGUUGUAAUGGUGGACCAGAUAUUGGAUACGAGGCUGGCUGUGUGUAUUACGUAUCGACCAAUCAAGAUAAAGUUUCGUCUUCGGUCAUGUUUUCAAGCUAUCCGCUUCCCCCGAUCAAGUAUUUUUGUGACGACGAUUCCUCGGACACCCCCAACCUGCACAACCGAGAGGCGCCAAACAAGCACAACCGUCUUUGCGGAGGUCGCAGCAAUUGGGAAGUAUUGCGAGACCAUCAGGACUUCCGAAAUAACUCGAAUCCACCUGUUGACCUGAACGAGGACGAUUUAAUACCAAAUAUCACAAUAGUACAACACCAAGAUAUCCGAGUGGUGCUUCUAUUGGACACGUCUGGCAGUAUGUCGUCCGGCAGUCGUUUCGAGAAGAUGAUCAGCUCAUCGGCCAAGUACAUCUCUUACACCGUUUUAAACGGUAGCUAUAUCGGCAUCGUAGAGUUUAGUUCUUCCAGCACAGUUCUCGAACCUCUAAGGCUGGUUGCCAACGAUACUGACCGCCAGGCUCUCCUCAGCUCCUUGCCAACAAGUCCCGUGGGCGGUACGGGCAUUGGCGGCGGUCUCUUAAAAGCAGUUCAGGUUUUAUCUGAGAAGGACGUCGAUUCGGCCGUUGGCAUUAUCUUGUUAAUAACAGAUGGGCAGGAGAAUGAAAAGCCGUUCGUAGCUGACGUCAUGGACGACAUCGUAGAGUCAAAGGUCAUUGUCUACACACUUGCCUUCACUCAAGCCGCAGACCACAUUUUGCCGAAACUGUCAGAAGCAACAGGUGGAAAAGCGUACUUCUAUUCAAACGACGGUGGUUCUGAGUCCAACGCUCUAGAUGAGGCGUUUGCUGCCACCAUGCAAAGAGGUGGCGUGGGUGAUGCCGAUAAACGCGUGCAGUUGGUGGGGACGUCUUGGACUUUAGCAAGCAAAGAGGCAAGAACUGGUAGCGUUUUCCUGGACAGCACCUUGGGCAGAAACACAGAGUUUGUUUUCUCCUGGACAACGGCAAAUGUCUUGGCCAUCAGUGUGAGCAUCAAACAUCGUAAUGGGAGUUUCAUCAACUGCUCCAACGACUGCUCUAAUCUCUCCUUCAGAAUCCUGUCGGUGUCGAUUCCAGGACAGGCUAAGGCUGGGCUCUGGGAAUUCACGGUGUUUAACCUCCUCACAUCGACUGAAGAGGUGACAAUCACCAUUUCGUCUCACCCAGCCAGCGAUGACGUAGAGCCCAUCAUUGUGACGUCAGAGCUGAGUGAUUCCAUCGCGGCGUUUGCUUCAGGCGAGCCCCUGGUGGCCUAUGCAGAGGUCCGUCAGGGUUUUAGCCCAAUGAUUUACGCCAACGUCUGGGCAACGAUCGAAAGACCGGGAGGGUACGAUCCGAUCAAAAUGCAACUACUUGACAAUGGUGCAGGAGCAGAUGUGACGAAGAAUGACGGAGUGUACUCGCGAUACUUCACCGAGGUCACAGGAGUCGGUUACUACGGUGUCAAGAUCGACGUAGAUAAUAACAACGGCAACGCCAUCAUCAUUGACUCGGUUCCCUUCUCGAAAUCUCGACCCAUCGUGGACCCAGACAAAGCGUUUGAUCUGCCCGAUAUAGGUGGAGUGAAGAUUCCCUUACCCGGUACUCCUCCAGUGGAGCCAACAGGCAAGCCCGCCCCUGCAUUCAGCCGCGGUGUCUCCGGCGGAUCCAGCCGAGUAGACGAUGUACCUCCAGGUUUCUCACCCGGUGACGACCUGUUCCCACCUGGAGAUGUCCUGGACCUCAAGGUCACCAACUCCUCCUUCACGGAGGCGACCGUGACGUUGGCUUGGACAGCUCCAGGUGCUGACCUCGACAACGGUGCAGCCUCCUGGUAUGAAGUCAUCCGUGCUGAGUCUAUCCAGGCCUGGCAGAACGACUCCACUCCGGAUUCCCAUUUGAUCCUCAACUCCAGCCACAUCCUGCAGGGGAACCUCUCUGCGCCUCAGGAGUUCGGCGACGAAGAGGAGUUAGUGGUCCUCGUGCCGGUACCGGAGGGCGCCACCGUGGCCUCGUACGCGUUCGUGCUACGGGCUUUCGACGACGCCGGGAAAUCGUCCGGGUUCUCCAACGCCGUGCAGGCAGUGCUCCGGGAGUACAUCCCCGGACCAUUGCCCCCGCCCGUGGUGACUGAAGUUCCACCUGACAGAGGGCUCCAGCCGUGGCAGAUUGCCCUGAUUGCGGUCGGUGGCAUCAUGGCCGUUCUUCUCCUACUGGGGAUUAUUAUCUUCAUGUCAGGUACUCGACUGCAGAGAAAACUUGUGAAAAGCGCUAAAGGGAGGGAUAAUCGUUCAUAUGUCCAAGAAGAAAAAGAAUUUUAGAUGUUUUUAAAUGAAAUCACUUUCAUAAAAUUUAUGGGCAGUCGUUGGUAAAUGACGUCGUCUUGAACCGACUAAAUUUCAAGCAAAGGGGUAAUUAGUUACAUGCAUUGGGUAAAAGUUUCUUUUAUUUACAAAAUUAUGAAAAGGUGUACUUUCUUCAAUAUUUCAAUAUGAACCUGUCUGAGUUUUAAUACAAAAUUGUAUGGUUGACCUCUGAGACGCACCGUAUGGGGGCAGGCAGCUAACAUACCGGCCCUUUUCUAUUAUAGUUUAGGCGAGUGUAUGCAUUUCUAAAAUGAUUCCAACUGCUUAAAAUGGCACCAAGCAUCUUAAACUCAGCUGUUUUGAUUAGUUUGAUGUCCGGGUUGCAUGCAUGCAACCUAGAAAGGAAAAGGAAGUUUUAUACCCCCCCAACAAGUCCAAUCCCUAUACACA